CCGAAAACAAGAAAGACGUUAGAAUUAAAAAACAAGGUUGUGCUGUUUCCUGAAAUAAACAUUCAAGUUAAACGAGUAUUCUAUUGGACAUAGUGACUGGUGCACAGCUGUCUAGAAGAAACAACGAUGAGCCUGAACAACACAACGAUUGAAAAUUUUCUUGCCGAUGAUGAAGGGUUCUAUGCAGAUGAUGAUCGAGAAGCAAACACCACUGAUCUGACAAGUACUGUACUGGUAUUUCAUACUCGUUACAAUUGGGACGUGCUGUUAGCUUUUCUUGAGGAACUACGUUUUAAAGUUGGACGUUUUCUCUGGGAACGGUUAAGCAUUGCAUUUGCAAUUAUCAGUGUCAUUGGGAAUGGUUUUAUCAUUGCUGUUCUCGCGAAAGGAAACAAACACUUCUGUUCAACUUCUUUAUUUAUCCUGUCACUUGCCCUUGCUGAUUUGUUUGUUACUGGAUAUUAUAUAGAGGGCUUUUUUUAUAACAACGGUUACAUUUUGAACUCGUACAACAGCCUUGAUUGUAAAUUGAGACUUUUCUUGUCAGUGCUCGGUUAUGAUGCUUCCCCUUUGACACUUACUUUAAUAUCUAUAGAACGAGUAUGUUGCGUUGUUGUACCGCACAAAGUCAAAAAUAUGUUUACAAGAAAAGUUGCGAUAUUUCUCGUACUUGCAGUCUGGACAAUAUCUUUAGCAGACACUGUAUUGUUUGCCUACAUCAAAAGACAUUUACGCACAGCGUCAGGAGGUGUAUGUGUCAUUAUUCCAAUAGAAACACCUGUCACGUAUAUGAUUAAAACUGUUAUCGAUGUUAUCUUAAAGAAUGUUGGUUGGUUGGUUAAUGUCAUAUGCACGAUCAUAAUUAUACGAUCUUUACUUCACAACAGCGUUGUGAGAAAGGGUAAAUCUGUAAAAACACCAGUAAAAUCAGUAACGUUAAGUUUGCUUACAGUUAAUAUCGUUUACGUCUUAUUUGUGACACCUAUGGUUAUGUAUGACGGUUAUAAUUUGUUGUUUGCUCCCCGACAUGUGAGCAUCUUCGAGUUCUACAACCACGUGAUUGAACAUGCAAUUCUGAAAUUCUUCUCUCAUAUUAACAACGUUUUAAAUAUUUUCAUUUAUUUUCUACUCGGUGCAAAAUUUCGGCAAGAGAGUAAAGAAUUUUUGCUUUCUUUCAAAGUAUUUAGAAUGUGUCAUCAUAAAAUAACAUAAAUACAAUAGAUUAUGAAACAAGAUAAACACGGAAGGGCGGGGUUCAAUGAACAUAGCCUCCACACGACCAAGCAGACAACUGGCAAGGGGCCCAGCAGGACACCAAACAAAAAAGUCGAUAAUUUGUGAAGCAAUGUUCUGCAGUAUUACGCCAAAUGAUCCUUUGUUGCUUGGUUCUAGGAUUGGAGAGCUUCGAUCUGUAAACAAGAAACGUACUUAACAAUUGAUUGUGUUGAAUUUUAUGUCGUGGAUUUGUUUAAUUCUUUCGUUGUAUGUAUUUUUGUAUUGUAUGUAUUUUAUAAGGGAUAUAUGUUUCGAAAACCUAUUUUCUGUGCAAAUUUGUUGUUUGUUUUUCAAUAAUUUUUUAAUAAAAAUAUAUGAAUUUUAAGAAAACCAUAAAUAAUCAGAUUGUUAAAUCAUAGUGGAGGACAUCUCUCUCCCAUGAAUUUUACCGUUACGUGUGAAUUUUACCGUUAAGUGUUUACAAAUGAAAUAACUACAUGACAUUUUUGCUGAUACAUUUUGUUAUUUUGUUUGGAAACUAUAGCAUUUGAGGUGAUUUGAAUAGAGAGAAACGUUUUCGGAGACAACCUUAAAAUAUGCUACUGAAAUUGACACCCAUAUAAACAGAAAGGGAACUCUUUUCUUUGUUUGUCGUUUGUAAUGAUUGGGUGCGUGGACGAUAACUUGCACUUACCAGGACCGUCCUUGAACAGGCUCACUUAAACCGAGUCUGCAACAUUUUCAAUUUUGUUGUUUUUGACGUUCUUUAGGGGCUCUGUUUUUCCCUAUUUUAGUUUUAUGUUUAUAUACAACAAAAACUAUACUCGUAAUAUAUAAAAUAUAAUAAUUGGUGGUUCUAAUUGUUAUAUUUCUAGAGGAGUAAAAUAUCAUUUAAAUAGAUCGAUAUAACUGUGCGAUUACAUAAUUUCUUUUAGCCCUACUUGGUUACAUUUCAGUUGUUUCGUUUGACUGGAUGUUGCCGGUGACUGCAUUAAGUUUACGUUGUGUUCCGUUGUUUGUAUUUGUACUCAUAUUAUUGCAGACAAUACUGCGUUCAGUUUACGUUGUGUUCCGUUGUUUGUAUUUGUACUCAUAUUAUUGCAGACAAUACUGCGUUCAGUUUACGUUGUGUUCCGUUGUUUGUAUUUGUACUCUUAUUACUGCAGACAAUACUGCGUUCAGUUUACGUUGUGUUCCGUUGUUUGUGUUUGUACUCAUAUUAUUGCAGACAGUCCUGCGUUAAGUUUACGUUGUGUUCCGUUGUUUGUGUUUGUACUCAUAUUAUUGCAGACAAUAAUUGCAUUUUCACAUAAAACUUUUGUCUAUCAGAUGCUGCGGAGGAUCCUUAUCAAAUGGUUUCCAUUACAGAGUGGUUUUCUUUAGUAAUGUUCAGUGAUAUUUAAAAGCCAUAUUUAGACUUACUUUUUAUGUAAAGUGAGAGAGGUAUUUAGACCAUAACAUUGAACGAAAGUGUCGCUUAAAUUAUAGGUUGUUUUAAUUUGAAGAAUGUUGAACACAAUUAUAUGUACGCUUUAAAUAGUGUUGUUUUCUGUGCAUAUAUAUUAUAUUUUUUCACAGUUUUCUUUUUUAAUAUACUCUUUAUCAUAUGGACAUUGAAUUAAAACGCUUCUGUUUGCCCUGUCUGUAUGUUUACAUUCAUACAUACAUUUCUUACCACCAUAAUAUUUGCAAACCAAUGGUCUCAGAACACUUCGUGUUGGCGUACUGAAAUAUGAUAAUGGCCCAAAAUGACCAUUCCUUUCACAAUUCUAAAAUUAAAUAAGAACAUUAUUUAUGAACAGCUGAUGUGGUGUUUAUAACAUUUGUUUUGACAUCUUGAAACAAUUGUUAGUUUUAAUUUGUUUUUAUUAAUUACUUAAUAUAUUAUAAUCCUGUAUUGAAUUAUUAUUUCAUUGUUUGUCGGUUAUUUAAACAAUUAAAAAAAAAAAACGUUGUCAGUUGUGAUUAAAAUCACUUUAUUCAUUUAUUUAUUAAUUUAUCUUUACAUUAAUGUUUGUCUGCUAUUGCAUAUUAAAAUGUUUAUUCAUGUUUCAAAUAAAUAUUCAAGCGCUCUUAGAACUAUUUUGAUAUUUUUUUAAUAAUAGAUUUAAUAUUAACUUAUGUAAAUCGUAUUUGAAUUUGACAAUUCUAUUUCAUUAGAAAUCAAAGAUAUUCUUAAACAUAUUGUUUGGUCUAGAUGUUUAUACAUGUUUUGAAAUAUAGACAACAAAA